CCAGUCAACAUGAAGGCUCUCCUCCUUCUGGGGCUUCUCGUCCUGUCUGUGACUGUCCAGGGCAAGGUCUAUGAGAGGUGUGAGUUGGCUAGAACUUUAAAGCGUCUUGGAAUGGAUGGCUACCAUGGAGUCAGCCUGGCAAACUGGAUGUGUUUGAUCAAAUGGGAGAGUGAUUAUAAUACAAAAGCUACAAACUACAACCCUGGAGAUGAAAGCACUGAUUAUGGGAUAUUCCAGAUCAAUAGUCGAUACUGGUGCAACAAUGGCAAAACCCCAGAUGCAGUUGAUGCCUGUCAUAUAUCCUGCAGUGUCUUGUUGGAAGAUAACAUCGCCCAAGCUGUGGCUUGUGCAAAGAGGGUGGUCAGGGAUCCACAAGGCAUCAGAGCAUGGAUGGGAUGGAGAAAUCACUGUGAAAAUCGAGAUGUUUCUCAGUAUGUUAGCGGCUGUGGAGUAUAAAAGCAGAAUUUUCAUUUUGCAGCUCAUUUUGCUUCUUUUACAAAUGAAGGGAGAAGUAGCUAAGGGAAAGAUCACACUUACCUUCUUUCACCUACAAAUACCAAUCAAAGAAGCUGAACAAGUUACUUUUUCUUGAAAGCCUUAGGUUCACCCAUAUGUUCAUUACUCACUAUUAACUCUACAAUUUUCAGUAGCACAUAGAAAUAAUGCUGGUGAACUCAGCCUAAAUUCUUGAUUCUCAAAGACAUCUCCAGUACAUUCAGCUCUUCGGCAAUUAAGAAUUAAUCUGGAAUGGUACCAUUAUUUGCCAAUCAUACAUUUUUCAAACAGAGCAAAAGAACAUCCUAAAACAAAUGGAUCUCAGUGAAACAUUAGCUGUGUAGGCAUCUGAAGCCUUAUCUCUUCAGCCAAUUCUUUAAACAAUUUAACAACUCUUCACUGAACAAUAUAAAACAUUUUAAGGAGCAGAAUGCCAAAGUGCUAGAACUAGAGACUGUCUGAAUUAAGAAUUUGGUGUUCAUAAAGGCUGUGACCUUUGGUACAAGUAUUUUCUGAAAAAUGCUGCAUACAUACAGCUUUAAAAGUACACUCACACUUUAUACAUCAAUUUGCUCUACCGUGAAAGAAUUUGUACAUGGAUCUUGCAUGAUGAAGGCAUUAAAGACGGAUUAAAUGAGCUAUUGCUCUUCCCUACCUUAGAAGCAUACAUUUCAACUAAAGCUAAACCUCAUGAGCUUGCAGUACUAACUAACCACAGGGUUACAUACAUUGUAAAAAAAAUAGCAUUAGCAAUAAAAAGUAUGCAAUACAA